CUAGUGUUCAUGUGGGGGAACCUCGACCUGGCGUCAGAGAGGAGGGAGGUGCCGGCGCCCCUGCUGCUUCCUGGACAAGUGGGAGUGGUCAGUGUGGCCUUUGUUUCUCCUGUCAUGGAGGGAACAUACACCUCCCACUGGCGGCUGGCGCACUGCGGGUGUCAGUUCGGCCCGCGGAUCUGGUGCAGCAUUGUGGUCGAUCCCGGCGACAGCCGCAGCGCACUCGGGCACCAAGUCAAACGACUGAAGGAGGAGGUGAAGCCAGUGGAGAAGGAGGUAAGACCCAGGACCAGUGGUUCUGCCUUCACUGUAGACCUGCCCCAUGAAGACUACUACUUUCCGUCAGUCGACCUGCUGACUGCACAGGAUCUGCUGUCAUUUGAGUUACUGGACAUAAACAUUGUGCAAGAGUUGGAAAAGGUUCCCAACAACACUCCUGUUGAUUUGACUCCCUGCAUWUCGCCUCUCCCCCAUGAUGCACCUGGGUUGGAUAAGUCCGUUACUUCAACGAUGAAAGAGGACGCCGAGGCUCCCGGAGUCAGAAAACCUUUUGGAGUGAAAGCGAGGCAGCAGGAGGUGUUGGAGUCUGUAGCCCAGGAGGAGGAGAAGGAGGAGGAGAUCAGUGGGGCUCAGUUCCUCUGUGAGACGGUGAUCCGCUCCCUCACGCUGGAGGAAGCCCCCGACCACAGACCCCUGCGCAGAGGCAGCCACAAGCCGCGGGUUGUUUCUCAAGGGCCGAGCUUUUGUUUCCAGAAGACGGAGGCUGAGAAGAAAAAAGUAAAAAAUGAGGAGAUUAUUGCUGAUGGAGCUGAGAGGUUAGCCCCACCCGUCGACACAAGCCUCCACCAGCUCACCCAGACAGAGGAGGAGAACAGGCCAGAGAAAGAAAACCUUCACAUCGCUUUGCAACACGAGAGCGAGGACAAAGAAGUUUUGCAUAACAUGACAAACAAGGAGCAGAAGGAGGAGGGAGAAACAAGAGGAGAAGACUGGGAUGAGGUCAGCAGCCAGACGUCCUCCGUCUCCUCCAGCGAUGAAUACAUCAUCGUCCUCCCGGACUGCUUCGACACSAGCCGACCUCUGGGGGAGUCCAUGUACAGCUCGGCCAUGUCGCAGCCCGACACCGUCGCUGCCGGCACCUCCACCGAUCCAGAUCCGGAGGAGGAGGAGGGGAAAGAGGAAGCCUGCGACUUUGAGCCGUGCAGGGAGGCGCCGCUGACCGACAGGAAGGAGGAGACCAUCGCCAUGGAGGAGUCGUCGGCCGACACCUGGCCUCCGCACGUCCCUGCCGUCCACAGCAGCGUCAACCAGAUGCUGUGUGCRUCCCAAACGCUCGACGCCGUCACCCUCACCCCCGAGGUGGUGUCCCUGCCCGUCGCGCCKCAGCCCCUGCACCCUCCACCGACCCUCUACUCACCCCGAUCUGAGGCGCUGUAUCUGGCCGAGGAUCCAAGUCCUCCUGCCUGCGACCCGGAUGAGCCACACCAACCGCGGGUUCACCUAAAUGUAUCAUAUGGUUUGUCGAGAUCAGCAGGCUCAGCAUCCAGUGCCUUUGAGACCUACAACCCUAGACCGAGCAAAGCGCUGCAGCCAAGGGGCCAGGGAGGCAUCACAGAGGGAUUAGUCAAAGGGGCCCUUUCAGUGGCCGCAUCUGCUUAUAAGGCCCUCUUCACUGGACCGAACUGUUCCAUACAGCGAGGCAUCGACCCAGCCACCAGACAGGACCCGUCCAUGAUGGCCAUGCUGCUGGAGAUGGGCUUCCAGGACCAGCGGCUCAACCAGCAGCUGCUGAGGAAGCACAACUACAGCCUGCUGCACACGGUGAACGAGCUGGUGCAGAUGGCCGAGGAGAGCCAGAACGAGGCGGCCGACACUCUGCACUGAAGAGGAAGGAGAGGAUUUAACUAAACGUUAUAAGAACCGUAGAGUUUGACCUCUUUAAGUUUGGGUUUUCUCAAAGGGUAGAUGGUUAAUUAGGACCAACUCUACGACUUGAACAAAAUUAGAGAAACAAAGCGUUAAUUCCUUGAAAUAUUACUAUAAAAAUGGCUUUUCUUGCCUUUAAUUUAGCUUUACCGCAUUGGUUAAAUUAACCAUUCCUUAACACAUCCUUGUAGAUUUUCCUGGUUGGCGAUUAGGCUCCGCCUUGCUUUGUUUACAUCGGCCGUGGAGCUUUGUGUUUCGGUUUAAGGAUUAGGACAAAAAAGUGCAUCGCAGCUCCUCAUCCCUGUGUUUGUGUGGCUGUUUCUGCUGYUUCCUCAGCUCUGUGAAGUAACUCUCCUCCCGACACGUUUUACUAAAUUAUACAGCGAURGAAAUGAAAGCUGUCGAACGUCUCGAGGAGUAAAACGCGUUCUGAGGAGCCAGCUCUCGUCGUGUACAGUGACCAUAUUGAAGUUGCAUGGAUCUUCUGGGUGUGAAGGGUCGAAGAGCGGAUAUUUAAGACUUUUUUCUUAAUUAUUGUAGUGAAAUUUGCCUAACAAUGCAAUCUAUUUCUGUAUCAGAGUACUGUUAUUUUAGACGUUGACAUGUGGAAUGUAAACCAAACUGAACGSAUCACUGCUCGGACUUGGAUGAGCCUUUUUUCUUUCUUUUUUCUUUUUUUGAAGAUAAACCUGCAUGACAGGUAGAGGCCGUAGAAAUGAGUCUUAGAGUCCCAGUGGAGAAACAUCAUUGCAUCUUUUUUAUUUUUAUCAUCCUGCUUGGCUGCAUUUUCACCUUCUCAUUAAAGCACCAAGGGAAAGCCUGUCGUUUAGCACCGAUUACAGUUCAGACGUCUCCAAACACAUUCCUGCAUCCCACUGUGGAACCAAGUAAUUUUAUUUUAUCRCUUCUGUGAGAGAUGAUUAUUAGUUUACUGAAACAUUGAAAUUAUUCAUUUGUGUUGUGAGAUCGGGUGUAUGUUUGUGUGUGGUUGAGGUUUUUAGAACCAUUGUUUCUCAUGUUUAUGAUCGUUCAUGUUUUAAAAAAUAAAAGAACGUGCUCUUAACAAUAAUUCUGAAUAUACUGUAUCUACACGGCUUAUCACAUUAUUCUUCAGCUAAAGAGUGUACAYUUUAAAUUCAUUUCUCCCAAUCUGACAAUAAACGGUUUGCACAUGUA